AUGCUGGUUGCAGAUGUAGACAGAGAUGCGACGUUCCAGCUCAAGCUCACGAGCAAGCUGGACCAAUGGCACGCGUUUCACGAGAAAGCGACAAGAGGGCUUCCUGUUUCCGCGGAAGGCGCUGAGGCUUCAAGCAGCCAACCCGCCAACGUCCACCCUCUGGAGGUUGACGAAUCAGCUGAUGCCACGUGUCCAUCCGACCGUGCAGCGUCUGGCUAUGAGACCGAAGAGCGGGCAGCAGAAUCUGAAGCUCGGGCAGCAGAGGUUGUAGCGCGGGCAGCAGAGGGUGAUGCUCGGUCGUCAGCGGGUGUAGCUGGGGCAGGAGCAGCAGCACUUGAAACGCGAGAGGCGAAAGCAGCAGAAUUUGUGAAAGCAGCGGUCACACCAAAGCAGCUGGACGCAGCAGCAGAUGCUCGAGGGGCUGCUUUGGAGGCAGCACUGCAGAUGCAACGAGAGGAGGUAGAGGCUAAGGCAGCUGUGAUACAGGAGCUGCAGGUGAGAUUACACGCAGCAGAAACCAGAGAGGCGGGUUUGGAAGCUUCUCUGAAGCUGCAACGGGAGGAGCUUGAGGCGAAAGCAGCAGAGGCGUUGGAGGCACGAGCAGCAGAAGCAGCAGCGCUGCAGCAGCAGUUAGACGAAGCAAUCUCCCAUGAAGCAGCCUUUGACGCGUCCCUGAAGCUGCAGCGAGAGGAGUUAGAAGCAAAGGCAGCAGAGGUGCAGGGCCUGCAGGAGCUAUUACAAGCAGCAGCAACCAGUGAAGCAGCUUUUGAUGCUUCUUUGAAGCUGCAGAGGGAGGAGCUAGAGGCAAAGGCAGCAGAGGCGUUGGCGGCACAGGCUGGGAUGGAGGAGAGGAGGCGGGUGCGGGCUGCAGAGGCGGCUGCUGCUCGGUUGGCAGAGGUGGAGGCGCGGUUGGGAGAGGUGGAGAGGGAGAGAGAGCGGUUGGCGAGGAACCUGGGCCGGCUGCAGCAACACCUGCUGGAUCGGGAUGCUGACGAGACACUGCGCAUUGAACGAGAGGCCGAGAGGAUCCGCCAGCUGGAGUGCCAGCUGGCAGAUAAGGCGAAGGCUCUCGGCCAAUCAGAGUGCGAGAGGGUCGUUUUGGAGCGGCAGCUGGCGGAUAAGGCGAGCCAGCUCGGCCAAUCGGAGCAGCGGAGAGUGCGGCUGGAGCAGCAGCUGGAGGAGAUGAGCAGGGAGGUUCGGGAGGCUCGGAUGCAGUUGGCUCAGCGGCAGGCUCGGACCGAGCCUGCUGGACAGGCGAGGCAGACAGAUAUUCGUGAUGGGGACUUUUUGGAAGUAAAAGGGGCGGGUGGGGAGUUACGAGUUAAAGAAGUGGAGGAGCAGGAGCAACAGGGCAUGAGCCAGACAGAGGUGUUACCAGCCAUGGCACCAGGCUUGGCAACAGACUUGGGAACAGGCUUGGCAGCAGGCGGAUUACCAGGCGUGUUACCAGAUGUGUUACGGCAGGUGUUGGAAGCGGCUCAUCGGCCAAUCGUGACAGGCCAUCCCAUGUGCAUGCAUGCUCGGAUGUUGGUGAGCGGACAACGCAUGGAGGAUGGAGAUGCAUCACAUGCCGCUGACGUGGCAUCCCAUCAUGCAUCGCAUGCUGACGUGGCAUCCCAUCAUGCAUCGCAUGCUGACGUGGCAUCCGAUUAUGCAUCAGGGGCAGGGACAGGGACAGGUGCAGCAGCAUCAAUUGAAGAUGCUCGUGCUGCUGAUGGUUCAGAAUCUGCAGCAGCAUCGUGUGUAGAUGCAUGGGCUGCAGAUGCUUCACACGCUGCAGCAACACCAGCUUAUGAGCAGGCGCGUAAAAGCUCGGCGCAGGUGUUGGCUCGAGAGGCGAUGUGCGUAGCAGCACAGUCAUCAGAGGAGGCAGAGGGUGCGAUUGGAGCAGGAGACUGUCUCUGUGCAGAAGGAUCAGUGUUUGAACAACUGUCACCAUCACCAUCACCAUCACCAUCACCAUCCGAUUCACCAUCACCAUCACCAGUCACGUUGCGCCACGGCCAACCGUUUCAAGUCUUACUACCAGCACAAGCCGAGCCGAUACAAGAAUCUGUGACGCAACAAGCCUCUACACAAAAAGACCCUUCACAAGAACCAGUUGUCUUCCAACCCCAUCAACCCCAUGAACAUGCGUCUACCACAUCGCUCUCCCACAAGGCCGCAUGUAGCCUUGAAAUGCAUCAAACUAGGCAGCACAGGGUGCACCCGAGUAUGUCCACCCCCUUACUCAGUCUUGAAACUCGUCACUCCAGGGGAGAACAGCAGCGCGAGACAGCAGGGAGGCCUGGACCUGGUGGGGCUGAAGCAGGGAGGCCUGGACCUGGUGGGGCUGAAGCAGGGAGGCAGCGUGAGAUGGCAGCUCUGGUGGAGGAGAAUGGGAGGCUGGAGGCGGAACGGAAUCGGGCUGAGGAAGAGAGAGCGAGAGCGGAGGAGAGGAGUGCGAGGGCGGGUGAAGAGAUGCAUGUGCUGCGAGGCAACCUGCAGGAGGCGGAGGCGUUGUGCUGGCAGAGGCAGGCUCAGCUGGAGGAGGCGUUAUCUGAGGUGGCAGCGGGGAGGAGGGAGAGGGGGGCUCUAGAGGAGGAGUUGCUUCGGCUGCAGUGUGCUCUGGAUCAGUGCAUGCUGCGACUCAAUAGCGAUUCUGCUUAUAUGGUGGACAGGAGAAUCGUGGUGAAGCUUCUUGUGGCAUAUUUCCAACGCAACCGCAGCAGAGAGGUGCUUGACAUAAUGUGUCGCAUUCUCGAGUGCUCCAAGGACGAGAGGCAGCAGCUAGAAGCAGCAGCUUCGCACCCUGCUCUCACCAGAAGCGCCAGUUUCAAAUCCAAGGGGAGUGCGCGGCAGGGCAGCAGCAAGGGCAGCAAGGGAGGAGUUUUCGGGCUGCCCGGACGGAUCGCGGGCGGGUUUAUGGGGUCGAAUAGAAGCAGUUCGGAAAGUUUGGGAGGGGCUGGGAAAGAUUCCCAGAAGCAGGAAGAGGCGGAAAAAAAGCCAGAGGCGAAAAAAUCAGGGUCCCUCACUGACCUCUGGACAGAGCUUGCCGCCCAGGUCUCCAUCCUACCAACAGCAGCACAUGUACCAACAGCAGCAUGCGAGACACACCCGAUCGCCCUCUUAUCCCCCAAGGUCUCCUCCCUACCCGCCACGAUCCCCAUCAUAUCCUCCUAG